CUCCCAGACUUCCUCCAUCUUCCCAUCAAUGCCCGAUGAUCACUCCUCUUUCUCUUUGUCUUUGUUUUUCUUUUUCUUUUUCUAUUGCUCUUUCUUUCUUUCCUUUGGCAUGAGGAGACAAGCAGCUGUCACCUGAGUUAUUGUUGCAGUUCGCCGGAAAUCCAAGCAGAACAGCCGGUCAGCCGUGUUUGGCUUGGGACCUUCAGUACGAAGGAAGAAGCUGCCUGAACGGGCUCAAUUUUGCUUCUCGAUUCGAACCUAAAACAAAAGGGGCGGAUUGCCAAAGCCCUGGACAGGAGCCGCCCUCGCCAGAAAUUUUGCCCUCAGCCAGAGUUCGCCGCAGAUCCCAGCAAGAGGAACUGCUUUUGUAUUCGAGUUUGUUCCCACAAUCCCACAACCCACUUACCUGAAUAUAGAGACGAUUUACUUCAAUUUGAACAAUCCCAGGUUGCGGUGUUUUUGUCUCAUCUAACAAAUCCUGGAUGCCAACCAGAAUUUGCUUCACGUACUGUAAUCCGACACUGGAGGGUAUAGUAAAACUUACAAUCACUACUUUUUUGGAAAAGAAAAAAAGGACUCCAAGUUUGAAUUAGAUCAUGCAGAACAAGCAAGCAAUGUACAUACAGUCUCUUCAUCGAGGACACAUAGGAAAACUGUGCCAAAAGGAUAGAUGUUCGGGUGGAAGAAUCCUACGGGGAAUUUGCACUUUGGCGGUUUGAGUGGGUAGUCUUCACCGAAGUGCAUUGUCAAAGGGUAAUGACCACCUGCCUAAAUUGUCUGCAAGCUGAAUAAUUAUCAAUCAUUCAGAUCCAGGUACCUAAGGGGGGUGUCCUCAACUGCGAUUUUAAAGGAUUUUAAAUGAUUGUAGAUUCUAUGCAUUUUAAAUGAAUUCUACAGAUUCCAUGAGAUUCAUAUGGAAUUCUAUGGAAUUUUAUUUCAUGGAAUCAUAUGGAUUUCAAUAGAUUUUAAUAGAUUUGUAAUACAAGCCGGUGCAAACCGCUGCCCUAGUUCCCCGCCCCCACACUUGCUCAGCCGCUGCAAACCGCCGUCGUAAAAGUCAUCAGAAUAUUUUGAUAAAAUAUUUUAAUAUAAAAUAACAGUAUAUUUCAGCCCUUCAAGCCAACAAAUCCAUUUUUUAUUUGUGGUAAGAACAUAUUCAUAUACUUUUUUAUUUCAGCCCUUCAAGCCCUUCAGCCCUUCAACUAUUCCAUACUUGAAGUGAUCUAAGAGCCAAAAUCAAAGUUAGCAUGACUAAAUUCCUCCUAGGCAGUUAGGUUCACCUGAAAGAACAACUACUGUAAGUAUAAAAUUGCUGGAACUUGAAACACGAAACGUCACAUGAGAAAAUGUCAUUUUUAAAUGAAAAACAGUUGAAAUAAAUUUUAAAAGUGUCACUAACAUAAUAGUUGAGGGACCAAAAGUGUCAAAAACUCUAGUCUAAUACAAUACACCCCUAUGAAAAAAUGUCUCUUUUUUAUCUAUUAAAGUAUCUUACCCACUUCGUCUUUUUUUUUUACACACGGAGUACUAUCUUACUACGUACGGAGUAUUUGUUUAUCUUACACUACGAGGGGCAUAACGGGCAAGAGAUCGAGAGAGGAAAUGCAGAAAAGAGAGCAAGGCAAACAAAGCUCAGGGUCGGGCACCGCCCCCACACCGGCGAAGAGAGGACGCCCAGUCGGAAGUGGAAGCAACCAAGUUGCUGCGGCAGCGGCCGCUGCAGCCGCUGCCGCAGCUGCAGCCACUGAUUCAGCUGCAGCUCCAACACUCGCUGGUCCCUCCCUACAAGUACACCCCCUCUUCACUGAGCUGAAUUACAAAAGGAUUGUUCUUGCUCUUCAAAGCGGGUUGAAAAGUGAGCUGACAUGGGCAUUCAAUACUCUCACAUUGCUGUCAUUCAAAGAAAAAGAUGAAGUUCGCAGAGAUGCUACCCCUCUUUCGAAAAUUCCCGGGUUGCUCGACGCUUUACUUCAAGUCAUAGAUGACUGGCGUGAUAUAGCCUUACCAAGGGUGCAUGUGAAAGAACCUAGGGUGAGACUCUUGGGUGCAAAUUCUCUUGUUACUGGAUUCGGAAAUAAAAAUGAUGCUUUGGGGCAAAAUAAUUUAGUUUCCAUUCAAAGCUCUGCAACUGGAUCUGGAUCUUCUAUCAAAGAGACAUCUAUUAAAAAGACUUCUCAUCGUUCUGGUUGGUGGUUUGAAGAAGAAGGCCUGUUCAGUUUGGAUGAGGAAGGGAGAGCUGAAAAGCAACAAUGUGCUGUUGUGGCCUCUAAUAUUAUUCGCAAUUUCUCUUUCAUGGCAGAUAAUGAAACUAUCAUGGCUCAGCAUCGACAUUGUGUGGAAACCCUAUUUAUUUGUCUUGAGGACUAUGUUGUAGAGGAUGAGGAGCUUGUGACGAAUGUGCUUGAAACUAUUGUUAAUUUGUCCCAUUUGCUAGAUCUUCGAAUAUUUAGUUCAUCAAAACCUUCUGUACUUAACAUGAGAGAGAACCGUGCUGUCCAGGCUAUCAUGGGAAUGCUGGGAUCUUCUCUCAAAGCCUGGCAUUGUGGGGCUGCAGAAUUGAUUGGUCGUCUGAUUUUAAAUCCCGAUAAUGAACCAUUCUUUCUUCCUUUUGCUUUACAGAUAUAUAAAAGGUUGGUCGAUAUCAUGAGCCUUCCUGCGAACGAUGCUCAAGCUGCUGCUGUGGGUGCAUUGUACAACCUUGUGGAAGUAAAUAUGGACUGCAGACUGAAACUUGCUAGUGAACGAUGGGCAAUUGAUAGGUUAUUGAAAGUCAUAAAGUCACCACACCCAGUAUCAGAAGUUUGCAGGAAGGCAGCCUCAAUUCUGGAGAGCCUAGUGGCAGAGCCCCAAAACAAGCCCCUUCUGCUCGUCUUUGAAACCGCUUUCACUGAGAUUCUCUUUGCUGAUGGAAAGCAUUCUGAUAUAUUUGCAAGGAUACUCUGUGAGCUAACAUCACGGCCAGGCAAAGCCACACUAGCUCGAGGUAUUUGGGGCAUGUAACUUCUAAUAUCUCCUCUGUUUUGCUGGUGUGAUACCAAGACCCAUUUUGUUACUCCCAGUUAGUUUCACUUGUGCUUUACUCCAUGAAUAAUACUCCGUACAUAAGAUAAAGCAAGUGUAAAUCAUAACAAGAGAAUUAGAAUGUUUUGUAUUUUUCAAGUGGCAGGUAGCUUGAAAUUUAAGUCCUCUCUACACUAGGAGCCCGUUUGGUGACCCAGUUUUUCGGCUUAAUCGGGCUUAUGGGCCAACUUUUUCACCAAACACACCACUUUUGAUUUCGUGCAUUGAAUUGUGUAAUAAUAAGAAAAAGUAAUGUUUGAGUUACUUUUCUAGCUGUAUUGGCUGAAUUUACUAUAGAGGACCAUUUUGGCUAUUUUUCCAUAUAAUUUUUUCUUUAUUUUAUUAAUAAAAUAUAUUGCAAAUAUAAUUUUUUUUAUAAAUCGGAAGAAUCAACUAAUCCAGUUACUUCAGUCAGAACUUCAUAAAUUUCAGCAAAAUAAGCCGAUUCGUCCAAUUUCGGUAUCACCAAACGGGCUCUAGAUCUCAUUCAUCUGAAAGGAUUCUUAUAUUUUAUGAGUUUUUUCGCGCAUAUACCUGAUAUGAAUGUAAUGCGCCUGAAUGUAAUUCCAUUUUAG